ACGUUCAGGAAGUCGGUGCCAUGUUCUGAUGUUUUGAGGAAAUCAUUUCUGGACGAAGUUCAGUUCAAAAAGUGGAAUAAAAACACAAAUUUAAUCAGAUUUGGCGGUGAACAUGGAGUUUCCCGGGGGAAGUGACAACUACCUGACCAUUUCUGGCUCAGGACACCCCUUCUUGUCCACUUCAGAGUGCACCACUAAAACCAUAGACCUCUUCGGCCUCGCUGGAUCCUCUGGUGGAACGUUCCACACUCCGAGCUUGGGCGAUGAGGAGUUUGAAAUCCCACCCAUCUCUCUGGACCCCGACUCGGCGCUGUCCAUGUCUGAUGUAGUGUCUCAUUUUGGGGGCUUGAGUGACCCAGGGGCUCCUGACAGUGUGGUGGUUCCGGAGAACGCGGUGGUGGAGGGAGAAGAUCCUUCGUUUGCCUCCACCUACGGUUCCUCCCAGGGCCUCGAACACCUGAACUUAGCCGUCAUGAACCAGGCGGCAGGGAGCGCUUUGCUGGGGCCUUCUCUUGGCAUGGACCUGGGUCACUCCAUGGCCUCACAGUUUGACAACUCAUCUCCAGUCACCAUUGACGUGGGGCUGCUCGGAUCCAGUCAGCUGACCACCAUCGACCAAUCAGAACUGAGCACGCACCUGGGACUGGGGUUGGGGAGUGGCCCCAUGCUGCCAAGGGCGACAGAGGAACACCCGCUCUCCGCCACAGCGUCACCCACCAGCUCCCUGCACGAUGACGACAUGGACGAUUUCAGGAGCGUUUUGGUGGAGUCUCCGGUCUCCCUCUCAGUCUCUCAUGGGGUCAUCUCCUUGGACUCAUCCUUGUCCGAAGCUCCAGACUCCGGCUACACCUCCACGGUUUCUCCUGCACCUGCACGAAAAGCUGGAGGGGGCAAAAAGGGCAAAGGCAAAAAGAAAGACCCCAACGAGCCACAGAAGCCUGUGUCUGCGUACGCCCUAUUCUUCAGAGACACUCAGGCAGCUAUUAAAGGACAGAACCCCAAUGCGACGUUUGGAGAAGUGUCCAAGAUUGUGGCCUCAAUGUGGGACAGUCUGGGAGAGGAGCAGAAACAGGUUUACAAAAGGAAGAAUGAAAUUGCCAAAAAGGAGUAUCUCAAAGCUUUAGCAGAGUACAGGGCCAAUCAGCUGAAUACAACGCCGAUCGAGGUCAUGGACACAUCUCCGUCUCCGCCCCCUCCUGUGCCUGUUGCAGCGGCACCUGUCACCACGCCCCCUGUCGCCACGGCCACUCGCACCACCCGCUCCCAACACUACAACCCAGAGGAGAACACAAUCACCAACAUCUGCACCUCCAACAUCAUCGUGGACUUGCCCCAAGUUACCACACGCUCACGAACUGGUGCAAUCAAGCCCACGCCGCUGCCCCCUGAUUCACCGCCAUCCCCCCCACCACAAGACACGCCCACAGUCACCAAAAUCAUCAUCAAAUCCACGCCACUGCCGUCUGGUGGUGUGUCGGUCACAGCUACGCCAGCCCCUUCAACUCGCCAGCCCCCUCCCCUCAGUGCCCCGCCCCCUCCACGGCUACAGCAGAUGGUCCACGCUCAGACUCCGCCCCCUCUGCAGGCCAAACCACGUGGCGCAGGGUCGACUGGUGCAGCCGCCAAAGCUCCACCACCGCUUCAGAUCAAAGUGGUGCCACCGCAGUCAUCCGGGAGACAGGAUGUGGUUGCUGUGGUGAAGAGAGAGGAGCCUGUGAUGCUGGAGGUGGGAGGGAGCACCGCCGUGGUAACGAAGACUGAAGAUGGAGCAGAGGCAGAAGAAGGGAUGGAGGUGGAGGUGAACGUGGCUCCUGGUCCCACAGCCCCCCCUUCUGUCAGCCCAAGUAUUUGUGUGCGUGCCGGCUGCACAAACAAAGCCGUGGAGAGUAAAGACUGGGAUCGAGAAUACUGCAGCAACGAGUGUGUGGCUACGCACUGCAGGGACGUGUUCAUGGCCUGGUGUGCGAUCCGAGGACAGAACUCCACUACUGUUACAUAGAAAUGCCCACAAUGCAAUGGACCUUAACACUGGACAAUAACAAGACUAUAAUAACUACAAAUGAACAGAUCAAAUGAAUUAUCAUCAAAGGACUAACUAAGCCAUCGUCAAGUUUUACCCUAAUAUUAUCUGAACUUGGAAAAUCUGCCAUCCAUACAGGAAAACUAAAAAAUAAGAGAUUUUUUGACAAGGAUCAGUGGAUUUUGGUGCUGAAAAAGACUUGGAAAAAGUUAUAAACUUUGUAAAUUGAAAAUAUGGAUUGAAUGAGUAUUUUAUAUUAAAUGACAAUGUGGAGUUUUAAAUUUGAGGGUGAAAAAAACAGAAUUUGAAUGGAAAAUUCGGUAAAUCAAUUGUGUUAAAUAAUUUCAAUGGACGCUGUUAUUUUGUGAUCACAUUUUUCCCAUGUGUGUUUUGUACUUAAUUUCUCAUGAGGUGCUUCCAUAUUGAGAGACAGUUACUUUUUGUUAGGAAUGAAAAAAAUAUGUAAAAUUGACAACUGGACUAAGCACAAGCAGUUUUCAAGCUUAUUGAAAAUUAAAAGGCUACAUUUGACAAGAUUUUAAUGAAGAUAGGUUGUAUACAUGUGAAAGAGACUACAUAUAACAUUGAGCUGGAGGGCAGGUCAGAAUUUUAUGGAAUUUGCUGUUUUAACUGUCAGAUUGCAGAUUUGCUGACCUGGUUUAUGGAUAUCUCUGUAAUUACUGGACCUAUUCACAUGAAACAAAAACUGGCACAAAGUCCUCUAUCAGUAUAAAUAAAUAAAAAAAAAAAUUAAAAUUCACAUUUAAGCUUCAAGAAGUAGAGAAUAGUAAUGAUUAAUAUGGCAAAUUUGUGAAGCCAGUUCCUGGCCCAAAAUGAUACAUUUAUGAACUUUCUUUCAAAAAUUUCCCUUUAUUAUGACAAUUAUGACCUCAUAUUAUAGAUUGUGAAUGCAAGUUAUGAAACAUAUUAUUUUGAUGGUUACAAAUAUUUAAUAUCCCUUAAUAUUGUGUCAAAGUUUUAGAGUUAACUUUAAACAUAACCAAUUGUCCCUUCUUAUUUAAUUUAGGCAAUAGGUGACAUUUUUUUCAUGGUAAUUGAUUGUUGACAAGCCAUGUAAACCAAUAGCUAAUGGGAAGAGCAUGUCUGUUGAACGUUGCUGCUCAAAUUUAUGAAAUAUUACAUUUAUUUAGUUAAAAUAAUUAAAAAAAAUGGUUAUUUAAAUUAUUUGCAACACCAAUCAGUAUUGGUGUAGUUAAAAUUCAUUAAUUUUACUGUAUAUUUCUACUCCCUGUAAUUCAACAUUAGUAAGGACUCAUUAAGCUAAAUAAACAGUACAGUUGCCAAGUUACUUCUUUCCCUAUAACAUGGCAUUGAAAAAAGCCAUUGCAAAUCUAUAAUAUAGAUUUUUGUGUGUAUAAGAGUCUUUUUUUCAGGGACAAAGCACCAUACCAGCUAGGACAAGUCUGCUGUUGGAGAAAGGGAAAAUAAAAACUUUUAUUU